AAGUCUCGACCCCUUGACUGCACCCGGAGAGUAUCAAGAACAGAAUGAAGGCAACCCAUGGACGUGCCAAGACUCAAUCAGCUGGAGAGUGGUGAAGAUGCAAUAACGAAGGAACGAUUGACGGUUCCCCAGGUGGAGGCAGACCAUGCAGUUGGCUCCCCUGCUGCAGUUGGGCUCACGCAGAUCUUGAGGCGAGAAUUGAGCGAACAGCUCGUCGAUCAACAACAGGACGAAGAUCCGCCUGCGAACGAGCGGAAGUUCAGCAGGCUGGACAGCCAAGUAUCAAAAGAUCAGUUCCUCGAGGAGUUGGACUAUGUCCGUGAAGCAAUCCUGACGAGAAAAGACAUCUACACAUACAGUAAGCACAUUGAAGCUGGAUGAUUUUGCCUGAAAUAUCUCUCUUUCUGUGCAGUGGCUCUGGCGCCUUCCACACCACACGGCCCCACUUGCUGCUCAUGGCUGAUCAGCUGGCUAUGCUUACUCCCACAUGAGGGUUCGUUAUCGAAGGAGGCCACGAUGCGCGCCACUCAGCGUCCUAUUCACCUCAAUCUUCUCGUCAAUGGACACCCGCUUCACUACUGGCUCAUCUAUAGGGCCAUACUGUGUGUUCAGUGGAUUGCGCCUCUCAUUGUGUUCACAGGUGAGCAAGCUAUUGUACACGAGAAACGCCAAUCUGUCUGUAAAGCCCCCUUUCUUUUCUCACAGGCCUUCUGCUUUCCAUGAUCGUCGAGGAACUUGACCCAGACAGAGAGACUAUGUCUGGCCUGUUUUAG